AUGUCACCUGAAGAGCUCGAUGCCCUACUUGCAGCGCCAGCUCUCGCACCACCACCCGGGGUCACACCAAAUUUCGACAAUCCUUCCCGCCACAAUGACUAUGCCUGGGGUAUCACAACGGUCUGUAUGGUCGUCGCCACUCUGUGCCUCUUUCUGCGCUGGUACGUCCGGAUAUGGUUGGAUAGAAGAGUCCGUAUGGAAGAUGUUUUGACGAUCGGUGCAUAUGGAGCCUAUUGGGGUACUGCAUACGCUGCCUAUGGAAUGAUAUAUACUCCUGGCUACUACGUCCACACAUGGGACCUUCGUAACCGAGAUCUUAUCAGGCCGCUCUAUCUCAUCUUAGUUUAUGGCUGUUGCUACUCCGCAACGCUCCCACUGAUCAAGACGGCCAUUUUGCUCGACUGGUGUCGGGUAUUUGUCUCUGUGAACCGAUCAAGGAGCUUCUUUUGGUGGGGAUGCAUGGCUGUGUCAUUCGUUCAAUGCCUCUGGGGCAUCCUAUGCAUUCUCCUGCUCAACUUACAGUGUCGCCCACACAGAUCCAUCUGGGAAUUCUACGUUCCAAGCAAAUGUUACUCGCUCCCAGACGUAAUGCUCUGCUCCGCGAGUGUACAAGUCAUCUCCGAUGUGUGCAUGUUCUUGCUGCCGCAGAAGAUGAUCUGGAGCCUCCACAUGAACUGGCAGAAGAAGAUGGGGAUUUCAAUCAUAUUUGGUGUCGGUAUUCUGGCCUCAAUCGCAGCCUGUUUCCGCCUAGCCCACACAGUCACCUUCGCCAAGUCAACCGACAGCAUGUACUUCAUUGGGCCCCUUCUAUUCUGGGCCUGCGCCGAGAUGACCUGUGGUUUCUUCAUCUUCAGUGUGCCCUGCCUAUCGAAGCUAGCGAUGGAGUCUGGGCUCCGGAGCAGAUUGUCCAGCGCUCUCGGCCUCAGCGGCAAGACCAUCAGCGGACCUUCUGAUCAGGGCGGAAACUCCAAUUCGGGGCCUCGCUCCAAGCCCAAGCCGUGGAGGAUGUCAGAAACCAACUACUCAAAGAUCGAGGAAGGUAGUGUUGUCCCACUGACAAACGUUUCAGUGUCACAGCAUGAUCCUGCCGAGGGGCGCCUUUCACGCGAUGGAAACAAGUCUCCACUGGGGGUGAUCCGGACAAUGGAUGUCGACGUCCGCUCUACCGAUGGUGCCGGUAUUAAGCUCCAGGAUCAUCGCGUACCUUGGGAGCAUUAG